AUGUUCUUAUCUAUCUAUCUAUCUAUCUAUCUAUCUAUCUAUCUAUCUAUCUAUCUAUCUCAUUUUUCUUGCCACCCACAUGACUUACCAUCGCUUCUUUCAUUCAAUCAUUCUAUCUUUUCGUCUUUCUUUCUUUCUUUCUUUCUUUCUUUCUUUCUUAGUUUUUCUUGCCACCCACUUGACUUACCAUCUCUUCAUUUAUUCAUUCAUUCUAUCUUUUCGUCUUUCUUUUUUUUUCUUUUUUCUUUCUUUCUUUCUUUUUUUUCUUGCCACCCACUUGACUUUCUACCAUCUCUUCUUUCAUUCAAUCAUUCUAUCUUUUCGUCUUUCUUUCUUUUCUUUCUUUCUUUCUUUCUUUCUUUCUUUUCUUUCUUUCUUUUUUUUCUUUCUUUUUUUCUUGCCAUCCAUGACUUACCAUCUCUUCUUUCAUUCAUUCUAUCUUUUUCUUUCUUUUCUUUUUCUUUCUUUCUUUCUUUCUUUCUUUCUUUCUUUCUUUCUUUCUUAGUUUUUCUUGCCACCCACUUGACUUACCAUCUCUUCUUUCAUUCAUUCAUUCUUUCUUUUCGUCUUUCUUUCUUUCUUUCUUUCUUUCUUUCUUAUUUUUCUUGCCACCCACAUGACUUACCAUCGCUUCUUUCAUUCAAUCAUUCUAUCUUUUCGUCUUUCUUUCUUUCUUUCUUUCUUUCUUUCUUAGUUUUUCUUGCCACCCACUUGACUUUUCUUUAUCUCUUUCUUUCAUUCAUUCAUUCUUUCUUUUCGUCUUUCUUUCUUUCUUUCUUUCUUUCUUUCUUUCUUUUCUUUUCAGUUUUCCCACUUGACUUACCAUCUCUUCUUUUAUUCAUUCAUUCUAUCUUUUCGUCUUUCUUUCUUUCUUUCUUUCUUUCUUUCUUAGUUUUUCUUGCCACCCACUUGACUUACCAUCUCUUCUUUCAUUCAAUCAUUCUAUCUUUUCUUUUUUCUUGCCAUCCACUUGACUUACCAUCUCUUCUUUCAUUCAUUCAUUCUAUCUUUUCGUCUUUCUUUCUUUCUUUCUUUCUUUCUUUCUUUCUUUCUUUCUUAGUUUUUCUUGCCACCCACUUGACUUACCAUCUCUUCUUUCAUUCAUUCAUUCUUUCUUUUCGUCUUUCUUUCUUUCUUUCUUUCUUAGUUUUUCUUGCCACCCACUUGACUUACCAUCUCUUCUUUCAUUCAUUCAUUCUAUCUUUUCGUCUUUCUUUCUUUCUUUCUUUCUUUCUUUCUUUCUUUCUUUCUUUCUUUCUUAGUUUUUCUUGCCACCCACUUGACUUACCAUCUCUUCUUUCAUUCAUUCAUUCUAUCUUUUCGUCUUUCUUUCUUUCUUUCUUUUUUCUUUCUUUCUUUCUUUCUUUCUUUUCUUUCUUUAGUUUUUUCUGCCACCCACUUGAUUCUUACCAUCUCUUCUUUCAUUCAUUCAUUCUAUCUUUUCGUCUUUCUUUCUUUUUCUUUCUUUCUUUCUUUCUUUCUUUCUUUCUUUCUUUUUUCUGCCACCCACUUGACUUAUCUCAUCUCAUCUUUUCAUUCAUUCUAUUCUUUCGUCUUUCUUUCUUUCUUUCUUUCUUUUCUUUCUUUUCUUUCUUUCUUUCUUAUUUUUCUUUCUUUCCAUCUCUUUUUUUUCUUUCUUUCUUUCUUUCUUUUCGUCUUUUUUCUUUCUUUCUUUCUUGUCUUUUUCUUUUUCACCUUUUUUUCUUCUCUUCUUUCAUUCAUUCAUUCUAUCUUUUCUUUUCUUUCUUUUUCUUUUCUUUUCUUUUCUUUCUUUCUUUUCUUUCUUUCUUUCUUCUUAUUUUUUUUAUUGACUUAUCUUUCUUUCUUUCUUCUUUCUUUCUUUCUUUUCUUUUUUUCUUUCUUUCUUUCUUUCUUUCUUUCUUUCUUAGUUUUUUUUUCACCAUUUGUGUCUUUCUUUCUUUCAUUCAUUCAUUCUAUCUUUUCGUCUUUCUUUCUUUCUUUCUUCUUUUCUUUUUCUUUCUUUCAUUUCUUUUUUUCUUUCUUUCCCAAAUUCUUUCAUUCCAUUCUUCUUUCUUUCAUUCAUUCAUUCUUUCUUUUUUCUUUCUUUCUUUCUUUCUUUCUUUCUUUCUUUUUCUUUCUUUCUUAGUUUUUUUGCAUUCCAUUCAUUUCAUUCAUUUUAUCUUUCUUCUUUCUUUCAUUUUCUUUCUUUCUUUUCUUUCUUUCUUUCUUUCUUUCUUUUUUUCUUUCUUUCUUUCUCUAUUUUUCUUGCCACCCACUUUUCUUUUUCUUUCUUUCAUUUAUUCAUUCUUUCUUUUCGUUUUCUUUCCACCCACUUUCUUUCUUUUCUUUCUUUCUUUCUUUUUUCUUGCCACCCAUUCAUUCUCUUUCUUUCAUUUUCUUUCUUUCUUUUCUUUCUUUCUUUUUUUCUUUCUUUCUUUCUUUCUUUCUUUCUUUCUUUCUUUUCUUUCUAUUCUUUCAUUUUUCUUUUCGUCUUUUUUUUUCUUUCUUUCUUUCAUUCUUUCUUUCUUUCUUUCUUUCUUUCUUUUCUUUCUUUCUUUUUUCUUUCUUUCAUUUUCGAUUUCUUUCUAUCUUUUCUUUCUUAAAAAAUUGCCAUUCAUUCAUUCUUUCUUUUCAUUUCUUCUUUCUUUCUUUCUAAAAACUUUCUUUCUUUCUUUCUUUCUUUCUUUCUUCUUUCUUUCUUUUCUUUCUUAUUUUUCUUGCCACCCACUUGAUUUACUUUCAUCUCUUCUUUCUUUCUUCAUUCAUUCUAUUUUUUUUCUUUCUUUCUUUUUUUUCUUUCUUUUUCUUUCUUUCUUUCUUUUCUUCUAUCUUCUUUCAUUCAUCUAUUUCUUUCUUUCAUUCAUUUCUUUUUUUUCUUUCAUUUUCUUUCUUUCUAUCUUUUUUUUCUUUCUUUCUUUCUUUUUUUCUUUUCUUUCAUUUCUUUCUUUCUUCUCUUUUCUUUCAUUCAUUCAUUUAUCUUUUUUUCGUUUCUUUCUUUUCUUUUCUUCUUUCUUUUUUCUUUCUAUCUUUCUUUCUUUCUUUUUCUUUCUUUCAUUCUUUCUUUUCGUCUUUCUUUUCUUUUUUCUUUCUUUCAUUCUUUCUUCUUUUUUCAUUCAUUCUUUCUUUUUUCAUUUCUUUCUUUCUUUCUUUCAUUUUUCUUUCUUUCUUUCUUUCUUUUUUUUUUCUUUCUUUCAUUUCUUUUCUUUUCUCUUUUUUCUAGUUUUUUAUUCUCUUUCUUUCAUUCAUUCUCUAUCUUUUCUUUCUUUCUUUUCUUUCUUUCUUUUCAUUUCUUUCUUUCUUUCUUUCUUUCUUUCUUUUUUCUUCUACUUUUUUUUCAUUUUUUCUUUCCAUUCUUUCAAAUCUAUCUUUCUUUCAUUCUCUUUCUUUUUUCUUUCUUUCUUUUCUUUCUUUCUUUUCUUUCUUUCUUUUUUUCUUUUUCUUUCUUUCCUUUUACUCUUUUUUUCUUUCAUUCAUUUUCUUUCUUUUUUCUUUCUUUCUUUUCUUUCUUUCUUUUCUUUCAUUUUUCUUUCUUUCAUUUUCUUUCUUUCUUUUUUUUCUUUCUUUCUUCUUUCUUCUUUCUUUCUUUCUUUUUUCUUUCUUUCUUUCUUUCUUUCUUAUUUUUUUCCACCCAUUCUUUCUUACCAUCUCUUUCUUUCAUUCAUUCUAUCUUUUCGUCUUUCUUUCUUUCUUUCUUUCUUUCUUUCUUUCUUUCUUUCUUUCUUUCUUUUUCUUUUUCACCCAAAUUCUUACUUCUCUCAUUCUUUUUUUCAUUCUAUCAUUUUAUCUUUUUUUCUUUCUUUCUUUCUUUCUUUCUUUCUUUCUUUCUUAGUUUUUCUUUCUUUUAAUUUCUUUCUUUUUCAUUCAUUUCUUUCUUUCUUUUCAUUCUUUCUUUCUUUCUUUCUUUUUCUUCUAUCUUUCUUUUUCUUUUCAUUUUUUCUUUUUGUUUUCUUUCUUUCUUUCUUUUCUUUCUUCUUUUUUUCUUUCUUUCUUUCUCUUCUUUCUCUUCUUUCUUUCAUUCAUUCUUUUCUCUUUUCGUCUUUCUUUCUUUCUUUCUUUCUUUUCUUUUCUUUCUUUCUUUCUUUCUAUUUUCUUGCCACCCUUCUAUUCUUUCCAUCUCUUCUUUCUUUCAUUCUUUCUAUCUUUUCGUCUUUCUUUUCUUUCUUUUUCUUUCUUUCUUUUCUUUUUCUUUCUUUCUUUUUUCUUUCUUCUUUCUUUCCUUCUCUUCUUUCAUUUCAUUCAUUCUUUUUUUCGUCUUUCUUUUCUUUUUCUUUCUUUCUUUUCUUUCUUUCUUUUUUCUUUUCUUUUUUUAGUUUUUCUUGCCACCCUUCUUUCUUUCUAUCUCUUCUUUCAUUUUCAUUCAUUCUAUCUUUUCGUCUUUCUUUCUUUCUUUCUUUCUUUCUUUCUUUCUUUCUUUCUUUCUUUCAUUUUUUCUUGCCACCCAUUUUUUCUUUCUUUCUCUUCUUUCAUUCAUUCAUUCUAUCUUUCUUUCUUUCAUUCUUUCUUUCUUUCUUUCUUUCUUUCUUUUCCUUUCUUUUCAUUCUUUUCUUUCAUCUUGACUUACUUUCAUUCAUUCAUUCUAUUUUCUUUCUUCGUUUUCUUUCUUUCUUUCUUUCUUUCUUUCAUUUUCUUUCACCACUUGACUUCACCAUCUCUUCUUUCUUUCAUUCAUUCUAUCUUUUUCGUCUUUCUCUUUCUUUUCUUUCUUUCUUUCUUUCUUUUCUUUCUUUCUUUCUUUCUUUUCUUUCUUUCAUUCGCCUUGACAUUCUCUUCUUUCUUUCAUUCAUUCUAUCUUUUCAUUCUUUUCUUUCUUUCUUUCUUUCUUUUCUUUUCUUUCUUUUUUUUCUUUUCUUACCAUUUUCUUUCCACCAUUCAUUUAUCUUUCUCUUUCUUUUUCUUUCUUUCAUUCUUUCUUUUCUUCUUUCUUUCUUUCCACCCUUUCUUUCUUUCUUUCUUUCAUUCUUUCUCUUUUUUUCUUUCUUUCUUUCUUUUCAUUUCUUUCUUUCUUUCUUUCUUUCUUUCAUUUCUAUCUUUUCGUCUUCUUUCUUUCUUUUCUUUCUUUCUUUCUUUCUUUUCUUUCUUUCUUUCUUUUCUUUUCUUUUCUUGCCACCCACUUGA